AGAAGAGUUUUUCUACUGCAUCCAACGUAGAGAGCAAACGCACCGACGUGCUCCUGCCACUGACACACACAGCGACACUGAGGAAGGAUGCAGCCGCACACUCCUGCUGCGAUAUGAACGGGAUAUGUUCUGAUCUUCUCCUCCUCUAAUAAGGACUAGACGAAGUUUAACUAUUUAUUGUUUUUCAUUUCGAACUACGGUGCUAUAGAACAACAUGUUACUUUGAUGCGGUUUUUUUUCUUCGUGAACAUCAAAUGUAUUUUUCUCCCAUUUCAAUGAGAAUUAGGUCAUGAUCACAUCGCCUGCAUUGUCUGUUCUGAGAAAUAGUAUCGUGAAUCCGGUGUGGGAGAGCAGUUCUUCAGGGGAGAAGGGCGCAACGAUAAUCAACAAGCCAUUUCUUCAUCUCGUCUCUCCUUCAGACCCUUUAAGGCAGGCUAAUCGUAUACCCAUAAAGAUUUUGAAAAUGCUUACCGCACGGGGAGGUCAUAUUCUGCACCCGGAGUACCUUCAACCUUUGCCAUCAACCCCUAUCAGUCCCAUCGAGCUGGAUGCCAAGAAAAGUCCGUUGGCUCUCUUAGCACAGACCUGCUCUCAAAUCGGUAAACCAGAUCCUUCGUCCUCUUCCAAAAUCUCAUCCGUAACCUCAAAUGGAUCUAGUGACAAAGAGACCAAACCCGGACCACUAAAAAUGAGUGACAUUGGAAAUGAAGACAAAUCAAGCUUCAAACCCUACGCCAAAUCAUCGGAGAAGAACAAGGACUCCUCAUUCGGCAGCGGCAGUCUGAGUGGAGAUAAAGCUAGUUUCCGAGUGCCUAGCGCCACCUGCCAGCCGUUCACCCCCAGGACAGGCAGCCCCAGCUCCUGCCACUCUGUGUCUCCGCUGCCGUCAGAUGGUAAGCAGGGAGACACAGAGGAAAAGAAGAAGGAAUUUGAUAGCAAUAAAAACAGUACGACGGAGAGCAGCAGCGGUCACAGCCGGAUAUGUGGGGUUAAUGGUGAGGUUAACCAACGCCAGGAGAACACUUCUGGUUCAAAGGCUAUCACAUCAGACUCACUCACAUCUGUCUCCUCGUCAUCAUCUGUUCUGGGUUCAGGAGGACUCGUAGCGCCCGUCUCCCCCUACAAACCUGGUCACAGUGUUUUUCCCCUACCGCAUUCCGGCAUGACCUACCCUGGAAGUUUAGCAGGUGCGUAUGCAGGCUAUCCCCAACACUUUCUCCCUCAUGGAAUGACUUUAGACCCGACGAAAUCUAGCAGUCAACUACUAAGCGCUCAGUUUGCCAGCCAACUUCAGUGCAGUAAGGCUGGGAGCCCAUUGUCCAGGUCUUCUCCUCCGUCUCUAAUGUCUGCUAGCCUGUGCAGAGACCCGUACUGCCUGAGUUACCACUGUCCGAGCCACUUAUCCGGUGCCUCCGGUGCCUCGCAGUGCCACGAAUCCUCGGCUUUGAAGUCAGGAUACCCUCUCAUGUACCCAACUCACCCUUUGCAUAGCGUGCAUUCCUCGCCGCCAUCUUUUGCUGGACACCCGUUAUACCCCUAUGGCUUCAUGCUCCCAAAUGACCCUCUGCCACACGUCUGUAAUUGGGUGUCGGCUAACGGACCUUGUGACAAGCGUUUUUCUUCCUCAGAAGAGCUUCUCAAUCACCUAAGGACUCACACUGCUUUUGUGGGGACGGAGAAGUUGAUAUCAGGGUACCCGGGUUCAUCUUCGCUAGCCAACGCUGCCGCGGCCGCAAUGGCUUGCCAUAUGCACAUGCCCCCGAACGGGGCCCCGGGAAGCCCUGGAACGCUCACACUCAGGAGCCCGCAUCACCCUCUGGGACUGAGCACGCGCUAUCACCCCUAUUCAAAGAGCCCCCUGCCACCCGGCGCAUCGAUUCAGAUGCCCGCUGCAACAGGUUCAUAUUACUCUCCCUAUGCCUUGUAUGGACAGAGGCUCACCACGGCAUCGGCAUUAGGAUACCAGUAGAAGAUGCAGGACAGACCGAUAUACGGACAAUAACUAUACAUUUAUAAAGGAGAUUCUACGCCUAAAUGACAUUAUUUGGGGUGUAUUUCAUGCAGGACAGGAUCCGUGGGCUCAAUGUAUUUAUUUGCGAUAGCUCCAAGCGUGACAAAAAUAAAGUAAUUAUAAUAUAA